AUGGAUGUCAAUCUAGAGAAUCCAGAAACGCAACUAGGCGUUAAUGGCCGGCAACUAAGAAGGCUCAGUCGACGCUUGAGGCCUGCCACAGCUCGAGGUCUCAGGAACGGCUUGAACUCCUCUUUGUAUUCUCAGUACACUGGGUGCUGGAAAUAUUCCCAGCACGCCCAGGCAAAGAUAAACGCACGUGUCAACCGUAGCAACCGACAGAGAAAGGCGGCAAACGAUUCUUGCAGAUGGGCCAUCGACAAUGAAGAUGGCGCCUCGCUGGCGCGCAGCAACUUGUGGCUGCCCAGCGACGGUAGCCGGCAGAAGCCCCAGUUAAAACGCCAAGAAGCCUUCCGAGUGCCUGAGAUGGUCUUCGUUUCAGAUGUCAUUGAGAAUGACUCUGACUUAUAUCGUCUAGGUCUCCUGUACGACGAUGAACAUGCACGAGGUUCUGGCUUCGACCUCAACGCCAUCGUCCACUCUGACCCUGUUUACGCUAUCCGACCGGCCAAACGCACACGUAAGAGCCGAUGCAAUCAAUGUACCAGUGGCGGCAACUUUGACAAGUCACUUUGGCUCGAUCUUCCCUUCGACGAAGACCUUUCGCUCGCGGAGCUUCUAUCAGCCGAAUUUGGCGGAACUUCAGCGGCGAUCAAUGAGCCAACUCCAAUUCAAGACCGUCAGGUUGACCUUGCCCUACCCACGCCUUUACAUAUCAUCUACGAGCUCACUGAGAGCUCGACACACUCGUUAGCUGCGCGUCCAGCGCGACGUCAUGUUCUUGAUACUGAUUCUUGUUCCGACGAGGAGGACUGCGAUGGUUGGAAUGUUGUUCCGCUUUUACAUCGAGAGGAUUCCGGUCUAACUGCUCUGACCGAUGACAGUGAGGACAAUCCCGACGCUGCCACCACCGAAGCCUGGAUAAUGUUGGGUGAGACUUGA